AUGACAGAUUCUGUGACCAUCGACAAAGGUUACUUUGAGACCCUGCUCCGACGUGCGGAAUUGCAUGAAAACGUGAUUCACAACCAUGGCAUAACUCAGGAAAAUGGGUCUGUCAUUCUUUUAUGGCGUGAAUACCAAAACUUGAUACGUCAGUCGCAGGAGUAUGCUGCACUUCGACAGACACUAUUGCUCGGCGGGGUCGAUCUUGAGACUCUUGAGCUGCUUGUGCACCAGACUCCAACUGCUUUGAACGUUCCUAAACCUGCUGCUGAUGUUGAACGGCCAAUACCCAGCAAGCAACCAGAUCCGGGCUCCAACCCUCGGGCCACCAAUGCUGCUAGAGCGCCCAACACGCUGAUGCAAGGCAAGAAUAGCGGGUCUGGAAGUAAGUCCUUUGAUUUUCAAGCGGGACAGUUGGCUAUUGACAAGAAAAAUGAUUUGCAAGCUCCCCCAGAGCGUGGCUUUCCGAACACUUCGGUCAAAGCCAAUGAGCGCAACGACGUUGACACUGGUAGUGAUUCGGCGUUGAAAGAUGAAAGACGUACGCUCCGGAUCACCGGACUGCCCAAGCAUACUACGCACAAGAAGCUGAUCGAAGCCAUCCGAGGAGGAGCUUUGAUCGACAUUUUCCUUAAAAAAGACGGAUCUGCCAAUGUCUCGUUCGUCAAAAGCGACGCAGCGCGGAACUUUUACGAAUAUUCCAGCCGCCAUGGAAUAUUCAUUCUGGGAACGAAGGUCGAUGUUUGUUGGAAUGACCGCCAAUUUGUGAUCAAUCCUUCCAUGGCCUACAAGCUCAGCAAAGGUGCUUCGCGGAAUCUUAUUCUCAGGAAUGUUCAUGCAGGUAUCACUGCUGCAAAACUUCGUCAAGAUCUAGAUCAUAUUCACAAUCUUGUCGUUGUCGACAUCACGUCUCGUGCCGGCAAUAUGAUAAUUUGUCUGAACUCGAUAAGUGUCUCCGUCUUUGCACGUACCUGCAUAUUGUCCAGAGCCAUUUACAAAGGCAUGUUCCUCGACUGGUAUCCAGAUGAGUGCGCUGCACCCUUGGUGACCCUUGGCGCGGAAAAGGUUGGAAAGAUCGAGCGACCAGGCAUCAGGAAAGAACCGAGCAAAAACCGCUAUAUGGUCCUCAAUACGGAAGGAACUGAAGAUGGUUCUGAAGACGGUUCUGAUAAGGGCGAGCGCCUUUCCAGCGCUCUUUCUACGAUUGGUCCAGGCAUAAGCUGGGCGGAGUAGAAUUUCUAAAGUAGCGAUAUGCAAGCAUUUCCUCGUCCACUAUCUCGGGCGUUGGUCGACGCUACGUUCAACAAUCCGCCGAGCCGUAUGGCUUUCCUACAAGUUACGGCCAUCCGUUCAAUGACGAUCAUUGCAGCAAGGGCCCUUCAUCUGAGGUUUAAGCUGCGCCGAUUCGAGAAGGAUUAGAACGCCUAGGAGAGGUACGCGGUGGGACAAGGGGCUUCUAUCCAUGGUCAGCGGCUACUUUUUUUUUUCCCGGAGAUUCUGUUGCAGCAUACGAGCGGAAGAGGAAAGAUUACAGCCGAGAGAGAUGGAGCAGGACAAAAUGUAAUGCUACGCACCCC